AAUGUUGCACAACAUACCUCAGAUUUCCCGACGUCGCCGUCUCAUUCCUUUCUCCUGUCGAAAUUAUGAGUCCAGAACAUUUUCAUCCUCCGGGAUACGCUUUUCGCAAAUGUGUCGAGCGCUUUGAGCAAGGCCUAUACACUCCCCAUUCCUUCCCCGUCUAACCCAUGUUUGAUGUCCUUUUCUUGAGAGCAUCGAGGAGGACUAUCAAUCGAUUGUAAUGAUCCAGAACCCGGCCGGCUUAGCCAUGGCAAAGCUGCUGAUCGCAGCAACGUCACGACGGAUACUGCAUGGGACACGAGCUACACAAGUCAAAGGAUUCAAUAUCAGUUCAAUCUCCAAAUCACAGAACCGAAAGGAUGGUCAACCGCCUCGGCGCAUCCCUGCCCCGAGCACUAUCACCUGGGACAAAUGGGAUGGGGAGAUCUGGGAUCCCACAAGCUGGUAUGACAAGAUCAAGCGGCGAGAGGAAGAUGAAACUCGCAAAAUAGGAAGUGUUGAAGCAGCGAGAAUGCGGUUCAACUCAGCUCCCGUAGAAAAACGCCAAUUUCGACAGUGUAAGUUCGCCAUAGCACAGAGUGAACUCGCUGUUACACAAUAUGUCAAUCAAUUCAGAAGAUUUGUGGAUGACCUCGGCAUCAUUCUACGUCUCCUGAAAACUUCCAGAUUCUGUCAGUUGAGAUACUUAGCCGGGAAAGCUCGCAUUAUCAACCGCUACGGUUUCAACGCUCAUGUUAGACAAUUCAAGAUAUCAGCCCUAUCCUCUACCGAGAGAAAGUAGCAUACGACAAGGCAAAUACAUAUACAAGCUUGGGAUUGAGCAACCUGGUGUUGGAGAACGAGCUUAUCACAUUCGAGCUGCAGCAGCUCUCUGCCGACAAAAACGCUCUUACGAAGGAACUAAAGCAACGUAAAGAGCGCCACAAGAACAUACUUCAGGGACAUUCUCGCUCUGUGGCUCAG